AUGGAAGGGGACGAUCUUAUCGCCUCGGUCUUCCGCAAGAUCGAGCGGGAAAAAGCCCUCAUCGCCGCGGCGACGAAUAUGCGACAGUCGACGGAUAAUCCCCUAGUCCAACAAAGAGUCGACGCCAACAUCCGGGAUGGUCGGAAGAAUAUCGCUUAUCUGGAGGAGAAGAUGAAGGAGCUACAGCUACGUCAAAUGGAGCGAGACAGCGGCUCACCUACCGAUAAACGCCUCCCGCCAAAUCCUGCUGACGGUCCAGCUCCUCCGCCAAAGGAUUUUGGUGCAUAUGGCGACUCUGCACAGUACCCGCAACCUGGGGGCGGCUCGAUGCCGUCGGGUGCUCCAUUCAAAGACCCCAGACCAUUUGCGCCUGUGCCUAAGGCUCGCCCGAAUUAUACAAAGCUUGACUUGAUCAAAUAUGAUACUCAAUAUCUCGGACCGAAGAUCCAGCUCAUGUUAUCGCAGCUCGAGUUUAAGCUGAGUGUAGAAAAGCAGUACAAAGCGGGUAUCGAGAAGAUGGUUCGUCUUUACCAGGACGAAGGCGACAGAAAGAGCCGUCAAGACGCCGAGAAUCGACGCAUUGAGAGCAACCAGAAGAUCCAGCUUCUGAAACAAGCUCUCAAAAGAUACGAAGAUCUUCACGUUGAUAUCGAAUCGUCAGACGCUCCUGAUGAUGAGAGUCUAAGCACCCCGAAUUUGCGCAAGCCGUUGACCGGUCUUUUGACAAUGCGGAUCCAAGCCGUUCAAGACGUUGAUCAUGCCACUAGCUCAAGAUUUUCUAGAGGUCCAGAGACGAGUGUUAUCGUCAAAGUUGAAGAUACCAUAAAGGCUAGGACAAGGGCGACUAGGUCCGACAGGUGGCAGGAUGAGACAUUCAACCUUGAUAUCGACAAGGCAAACGAAGUCGAGCUCACUGUUUACGAUAAGGCUGGUGAUAGGCCGGUACCAAUUGGUAUGCUGUGGCUGCGUAUCUCCGACAUCGCCGAGGAAAUGCGCCGAAAAAAAAUCGAAACCGAGAUCAAUACUUCGGGUUGGGUUUCUGCAGACAAGAUGGAACGCCCAGGUGGUCCUGGGCGUAUGGAUCCUGCGGGCCCUGUUGGUUCAUCUCAAGGUGCUGGGGGAUACAGCAAUCCUUCGGCGCCGCAGGGCCAGAUGGGCCCUGGUGGUGGCCCGUUGACGAUUGACGCUUGGUUUGCCUUAGAGCCAGUGGGCAGGAUUCAUUUGUCGAUGAGCUUCGCCAAACAACUGAAAGACAAGAGACCAUUCGACAUUGGUCUCAACCGCCAGGGUGCAGUUCGCCAGAGAAAGGAAGAAAUUCACGAGAAGCAAGGCCACAAAUUCGUCACGCAGCAAUUCUACAACAUUAUGCGUUGUGCUCUGUGCGGCGAGUUCUUGAAAUACGCUGCUGGGAUGCAAUGCGCUGAUUGCAAAUACACUUGCCAUCGCAAAUGCUAUCCGAAAGUCGUCACGAAGUGUAUCAGCAAAGCGAAUUACGAGACGGAUCCCGACGAGGAAAAGAUCAAUCAUCGCAUUCCGCAUCGUUUCGAGGAGUUUACCAAUAUUUCCGCCAACUGGUGUUGCCAUUGCGGGUAUCUGCUUCCUUUCGGACGGAAAAAUGCCAAGCGCUGUUCAGAAUGUGGCCUUACCUGCCAUUCUCAUUGCACGCAUUUGGUGCCAGACUUUUGCGGCAUGUCCAUGGAAGCUGCAAACCAAAUCCUCGAAACGAUUAUACGGGCAAAGAACCAUAACAAGUCUCCCUCCGUCAGCUCGGGCCUGAGUGGGAAAACGCUUCGGCCUGCUGGUGCACCUCAAGAUACCGCACAUGCGUACCCAAAGCCUUUGGACACCUCAUCAUAUGGGGCUCAACGGCCGCCCUCUGCCGACGCUUUGAGUGCCGCGACAACCUCGUAUGCUCCCCCACAGUCACCUACUUCCCAGCGCCAACCGCUACCACCACGAACCUCAUCAUCAAGUCCUGCCGCUACCGCCGCCGCCGUAGCGACUGGGCUACGUCCUCAGCAGAUGCCUGAUGCAGGUCGACCUAACCAGCCCCCUCCUCAUGCGCAUUACGAUCCUGCGGCGUAUGCUUCCUAUCAGCAACAACCCAUCCAGCCGGCCUAUCAGACUGGCCCACCGGCGCAGAAGCCUAAUGCGCCAGCACCUUACGGUAUGCACCCGCCGCCACAGCAUCAACAGCAGCAGCAAUCGAUGCAGGUCAUGCAACAGCAGCAGCAACAAGUUGCAGCAAAGGACGAAAUUCCUCAGCAAUCAAAGAUCCGGAUCGGGCUCGAUCAUUUCAACUUCCUUGCUGUUCUCGGAAAGGGUAACUUUGGUAAGGUCAUGCUGGCAGAGACCAAAUCAACCAAGAAACUUUAUGCCAUCAAGGUGCUGAAGAAGGAAUUCAUCAUUGAGAACGAUGAAGUUGAGAGCACGAAGUCAGAGAAGCGCGUCUUCUUGAUCGCCAACAAAGAACGCCACCCAUUCCUUCUCAAUUUGCACGCCUGUUUCCAAACCGAAACCCGAGUAUAUUUCGUCAUGGAGUAUAUCAGUGGCGGUGAUCUGAUGCUUCAUAUUCAGCGAGGCCAGUUCGGCCUUAAGAGAGCGCAAUUCUAUGCCGCUGAAGUACUGCUAGCUCUCAAAUACUUCCACGAAAAUGGUGUUAUUUACCGUGAUCUAAAGCUCGACAACAUUCUACUCACUCUAGAUGGUCACAUUAAGAUUGGUGAUUACGGUCUUUGCAAGGAGAACAUGUGGUACGGAUCUACCACAAGCACCUUCUGUGGUACUCCAGAGUUCAUGGCGCCUGAAAUUCUUCUGGAUAAGAAAUAUGGCCGCGCAGUUGAUUGGUGGGCUUUCGGUGUGCUUAUCUACCAGAUGCUACUCCAACAAUCUCCAUUCCGUGGUGAAGAUGAGGAUGAAAUUUACGAUGCUAUUCUUGCAGAUGAGCCUCUGUACCCGAUCCACAUGCCGCGCGACUCGGUUUCCAUUCUCCAGAAGCUGUUGACACGCGAGCCUGAAUUGCGAUUGGGUUCCGGGCCCACAGAUGCGCAAGAGGUUAUGUCUCACGCAUUCUUCCGAAGCGUAAACUGGGAUGACAUUUACCACAAGCGGGUUCCACCACCAUUUAUGCCGAAAAUCGACAGUCCGACAGAUACUAGCAACUUCGACCAGGAGUUCACGAGCGUUACUCCUGUUCUGACUCCCGUGCAAUCUGUUCUCUCCCAGGCUAUGCAGGAAGAGUUCCGCGGGUUCUCUUACACAGCGGACUUUGCCUAG